AUGUCUAAUUUCUACGAAAAUGACGAAGAUGUCCUUCAAAUGAUACAACAGAUAAAGAAGAUAACAAAAGAGUCUAAAAGAAAGUUUGAACAUGAAAUAGACUAUUUGGUUGAGGAUACUAAAACCCGAUUAAUGAACAGCGUUAAUGAAGAAAAAAACAACAUUAAAAAAGAAACCGAUGAGAAAUUAAAUAAAUUAAGAGAAAACAUUAUAAAACAUGAAAAGAAUAUAAAAGAAAAACAUAAGUUAUAUCAAAAAUUGAAAUCUGAAUUAGCGGAAGUAGCAAAUAAUUAUAAAAAUAGAAUUAAGGACUUCUACAAGGAAACGGAAAAUUUCAUGAAGGCAUAUGAGAGUGAAAAAAAGGAGCUCCAGGAGUUAGAAGAUAAAGAAUGGAAAGAACUAAAUGUUCAAUCAAUUGAAAUUUUAAGUAAAACAAAAUCAAAUAUAUGUGCUACUAAAGAAGAAACUGAUGAAAAACUUAGAAAAGUAUUGAAGUCAAUACUUUAA